AUGGCUGCAGACGUCCCACAAUCCGUGAUUAGGAAGCUUAUGGGGUUCACCAUAGCAAUGGUGUUUCUGCCAUUGCUUACCUUUUUUGUAGUGCGUUACUUUGUCCAGAACACUAUUGUGAGUGGUGGUCUUGCAGCAGCCAUGGCAAAUGUGGUUCUCGUCGCGUACAUCAUUGUGGCAUUCAAUGAAGAUACGUCUAAUGAGAAAGAGGCAAAGAAAUUAGAGUGA